AUGAAGCUAUUUGGCCUCUCAGUCCUCGUCCUCCUCCUCCCAUGCAUUCUCGCAGCGCCUACGACUGAGGAGGCUAUAGGCGGCGUCGGAGACAGCGACGAAAACUCUCUCGUCGAUCGUUCUCUCGUAGCUCGCGCUGAAUCGGAUGACGUCCGAAUCCUAAACUUCGCGCUCAGCUUCGAAUACCUCGCCACCGCAUUCUACGAAAAAUCCCUCCCCCUCUUCUCCGACGCCGACUUUGCCAACAACGGUGUCGCCAAAGACGGAUCUAGUAACGGCAACGAUGGGUACGCUAACGGAUACGGAGGCGCUAUGAAAGGCUUCUACGAACAAAUCUACCAACACCGUCAAGGCUACGUCUCCUUCCUCGAGAACGCCAUCACUGCCACUGGGAAUGCGUACAUCACGCCUUGUACAUACGAUUUUACCAACUUCACCAAAACCCUCACCGAUUUCGUCAACCUCAGCGAAUGGUUCGAAACCGCCAGCACCUCAAUGUACAACGGCGCUCUCGCUCACAUCAACGAUAAGACCUACGCCGCCCAACUAGGCUCCAUCCUCGGCGUGCAAGCCCGGCACUCCGCCUGGAUCCACAGCGCAGUCCAACACAGAAACCCAUGGAACACAAUGUUCGAGACCCCUCUCCUCCUCAACCAAACCUGGUCCCUCGGCAACCCCUUCUACGCCUCCUGCCCAACCUCCGGUCCAGGCAUGGACGUCCUCCCACCCUCCCUAACCGACUACCCCACCUUCUCCAUCUCCCCAAAAUCCAUCUCCCCCUCCUCCUCCAUCACCCUCGACCUCUCCGCCGCCUACACCGCCGACCCCACCUCCCUCCCCUCCUCCAAAAGCUCCCAAAACCUCUACGCCUACUUCGGUCUUGGAACCACAUCCUACCUCGCACCCCUCAAACUAACCGACGCGAAGAACCAAAAAUACAGUAUGACCGUUCCCGCCGAGUUGGCGAGUACGGGUGUAGUCUACGUCUCGAUCCUCAAAGCUUCUGCUAGCGAGGCUGCGAAAGCUGGGUUUGGGGUGACGGACGAGAAUAUGGUCGCUGGACCUAAACUCUGGAUGUUCGCGUUCGGCGCUGAUGGGUCUGGGGAUGUUGGAUACGAGUUGUUCAGCGCUUCGUAA